UGGAGGAAAAUCGUCUCUUGGCGUUAAAGACUGCUUGCUGGCGCUGCGACCUGCGGUAAGCUGUUUCCAGAACCUACUGUCCACUUUGCUGCCAACAUCAAGUUUGAUUGAAGUUUGUUGAAAAGGGAAGAGACGACGCUCAAUCUCAGCCUGAAUGCUGACGUCCUGGAUCUGAACCUUUUCCUUCCACUCUGCCUGCCAGCUGUGAGCUUUGUUGUCUUCUUUCCCAAGAACUCCAACUUAAAGUCUCUUUAUUUGACCUAAAGACUUUUAAAGGGUUAGAUUUCAGGGAAGACCUCCCUGGAUUCUCCUGUGUGACAACAUGGCAAAGAAAAACAGCCAGAAAGAUACCUCUGGUGUGGUGUUCGACACGCGUUCUAAGAUGGUGAUGUCCCAGGGAGGAACAGCCGAGAGGGUGAAGGAGAAGAUCAGCGCUGUGAGAGCGGUCGUCCCCAACAAAAGCAACAACGAGAUAGUGCUGGUGUUGCAGCAUUACGAGAACUGUGUGGACAAGACGGUGCAGGCUUUCCUGGAAGGGAGUGCAGAUGAGAUCCUGAAGGAGUGGAGCGUCACCGGCAAAAAGAAGCCCAAGAAGAAAAAGAAGCCAAAGCCCCAACCAGAGGUCUCUGCUCAACCUGCUUCCCCCGAGGCCACACCCCCCGGAGAGAGCAAGGAUGAGAUGAACGGCUUUCACGCCAACGGAUCCGUGAUGGACGGGGAGUCUCUCGAUUCGCUGAGCGAGCAGCUGGACUCCGCUUCUCUAGAUGCAGCUGAGCUGGACUCUGAAAACGCUGCAUCCGAAACCACCGGUGCAGAAGCAGAAAGCCAAGGCAGCGCUCCGAGUCCUGCUUCCCAACCAGGAGGAAGAAAUCACCACCAGGUUUCCAGAGGCAACAAGUCACGACACAGAGCAGGCUCAAACGUCCACGCCCCCUCCUUCUCGUUAGCAUCUGAUGAGCAGGGGUCAUCAGGAGUCAAGAAGAUGGCUACAAACAUCGAUCGCUCUGUAAAAGACCUGCAGAGGUGCACCGCCUCGCUGACCCGCUACAGGAUGGUGGUGAAAGAGGAGAUGGACUCCUCCAUCAAGACGAUGAAGCAGACAUUUGCGGAGCUCCAGAGCUGCCUAAUGGACAGAGAAGUGACUCUGUUGUCAGAGAUGGACAAAGUGAAAGCUGAGGCCAUGACGAUUUUGGACGCCCGGCAGAAAAGGGCGGAGGAGCUGAGGCGGCUGACGGACCGGUCUGCAUCCAUGUCUGAGGAGCAGCUGGCUGAACUACGUGCAGACAUCAAGCACUUUGUGAGUGAACGAAAAUAUGACGAAGACCUUGGGAAAGCUGUCAGAUUUACAUUUGAUAUUGAACCCCUGAAGACGAGCAUCUCUGGGUUUGGAUCAGUGUACCAUCCACGGACAGGCUAUUCAAGCCGGUCCCGCUGUAGCUCCACAUCGUCCUCCAUCACCAGCCCAGGACUGCUGGAGACACCUCCCCCCCCUCAGACCCAGAGUGCCCCUGCAGAAACCCGUCCCCCUCCUGCUAAACAGAUUUUCCAAGGAAACAGGCGCACCUACCAGGGACAAGGGUACCACUCAGGCGGUCAGAGGUUUAACGGCAGUUCCCACCAUGACAGGAACGCCGGCCGAGGGAGCUAUCGUCAUCAGAGUGAUGGCGGCUCCUCUGGCCCCACGCCGCAGCACUCCAACAGCUCCAAAGGCCCCUCCCACUCCUCGUCCUACAAUCAAGAGCGACCCGCUCACAACGGGCUGCCCCAGAGGCUUCCUCGAACCCACUGCCCUUGACAUCGGAAAUCCGCUCAGUUAAACCCAUCCACUACCCCCCCCCACCUUCCUACUAAUUCCUUUCAAUGAAGAAUAGUAAACACGUUUACAUAUUUCAGUCAGUUGAGCUGUAGUGCCACCUCUCUGCAUCCUUCAGACUUCCUCUUCCAUCUCUGUUCUGUUCUGGUGACAGCUUCUAUCUUUAGCCCCCUGAGAGAGUUCAUGCUAUGCUAUUGUCGGUUUCUGUCUUUAGUUCCCGCAUCAAGCAGUCUGCCAGAGACUGAUGUGAUCACCUGCAACAAUCUGCACUAUUGAAGUUGAACUUUUAGUACUUUUUCUAUUUUUGCCGUGGCGCCGUCAGCUCUCUGACACGAAGCUCGGAUGUUUUUGUGUUUGUAGUUUUUAUUUUUUUUCUCCUCGUCUCCAAGAACCAUUUCAAUGCCUUCACCAUGGAAACGUUGUGAAAGCGCAAAAGUAGUUGGAGCAUCGACAGGGAAUUCUGUGGUCUGAGUGGUGGACAUGCAAUCAACACUACAAACUCCUUCUAAUCUUUGUUCGAUAAAAAGAGACAUAUCAAACUGUAACUCAGAGCUUUAGGAAGGCUGCUAGGAUGUUUACGCUGGGACUCGGACACGUUAGGACACAGACGUUUCCUGUUAAAGUUGUAGUUUAGCAUUUUUCUAUGUGCUCUCUUCCUCUUUGUGCAGAGUUGGUGUGCUUUUGUCUGUGGGCUGAACACACACACAUCAGCAUGUUGGCUCCACACAGAAACAACAUGAAAGUUCACAUGACUCCUGUCAGCAGUCUGAGCUCAUCUGAGCCUGUUUCCUAAAGGCUGCCCAGAGUCCAGUGUGCCCCUCCCAUCUGUCUGGGGGGGGGGGGGGGGGGGGUCACUGUUUGUGCACAGGCUUGCUGUUCACUAUUGUCUGAGAGGGCUUGUUUUGUUAAAAAAAAAAAAAGGUGAAAACUCUAAAGAAGCUCCUUUGAUGACCACGUGCGGUUUCCUGAUUCUCAACAUUUGUUCGGUUCUGCAUGUCUGUUGCUUUUCUUAUAUGCACACAAAUGGCGUUAAUGUCAUGCUUGCCUUUAGUCACAUUCACCUUUGCCUUUCUGCAAACAUGGAUGUCUCCAUUACUGUUUUCUGAUUGGAUGGUACGUGCAGAUCACUGUGGAAUUUCUAGGGUCUAAAACCUGCUCGCCCCUCUUUAUAAAAGCCCUCCACCCCCACCCUGCGCACGGUCCAGCAGCAGGAGUUAGAUCAUAUUGGUGAAUGGAGGGUUGACUGCUUCAUGGCUGCCAAGUUGGUCCAAAGCUGCUGAUAUCUGAAAUGUCCUUGUUUUUUGCCCCGUUAGAGAACAAAUCUGUGGUGAAUACCUCUUAGCUGCUCCUCCUUUAGUCCGUUUCCCUACAGCAGCUCUUAUUACGAGACGGGGACCCCCUUCUCUUAUUGUAGUUAUGUACAUAGACUGAGCUGCAGCUCCGUAGUGGCAAACCAAUCACGUUACUUUAUUACUUCAUGAAGUGUCGUCUUCCUUUAAGAAGGUUUUUGGGGAACAAAUUAAUUCUAAAGUGUUUUUUCUUUUUCUUUGUUUCCUCAAUGUUUGUUUUCAUGGCUUCCUGUUCAUGGGGUCUUUCUUCUGUUGUGGAGAUUAAAAAAGAUCGACCCUAGUAGUGGAAUUAGUGGAGGAACUAUUGCGAAGUUGUUAGCAGGCUUUGUUGAAUGACGGUUGAUGAGGCUCGGCUGAAAGGUUAGUUCAGUGUUUUGGGCACGUGUGUUUGGUUUCUGGUCAGACGCACGAAGGUUGUGUGAGCUGUUGGCUUGCUUUAACGUGAGUCCCAGACCAGAGAGCCUGUGCAGGAGAUGGUCUCUAGAAAAGCUCUGGAGGAGCAAAAAGAGGGUAGUUUUAGGUUGUUUUGGGCUUUUCGUUAGUGCUAAAGGAAUAAAAAUUUUGAUUACAGCAGCAGUUCUGGGUCUGAGUGAGCUCCACGUCUGUUUGGGUUCACUGGCCCUUUCUGUGGGACCAUCCUGGACAGGGGUUCCGGCCUGCUGUUGGAUCCUCCUAGCAGCUCCUCUAAAGCCGACAUCACAAUACGGCUCCGUUUGAACCAGAGCGUAAACAUUUUGGAUCAGCUCGUCUUCAGCUAACGAAGCUUGUUGCCAGGCAACCUCUGGAUGUUUUUGUUCGAGCAGCAAAUGUUGAGUUUUGCACGCCAAGUGAGUCUGAGAGGGGUCGGCAGGCGGUCACAUUCAGGUGGUUACCUGUGGCCUGAAGGUGAAGCAGACCCCACAGCUUUCCUCUCAUGUGGUCUCCGAGGGCGGGCUGCACUGUGGUGUAACCUAACCCUGCAGCAGCUCUGGAUUCACUCACUUUCUGUUUGACAUUCCAAAUUCUAAAUUAACCGGUCCCAUCGGAAACAACUGCCUCUCGCUUGUCCCCAGCCUGUAAAAACAAAGUCCAAAGGGGAUAAAUCCAUUUUUCCUGUAUAUACGUAAAUGUAGCUAUAUGACUGUGCUCACAUAGGGCGUUUUGUAUGUGAUAUUCAUACUAGGCAUAAUGGAAGUGAAAACAUCUGGUUGGGUCAUUCUUCCACUAGACUUGGUGUCCUUUCUUCUGAAACAACUGUAAACUCAAGUGCCUUUUCUCGUCUCCCACUGACUCCUCCACAUCCUCCACCUGAUUAUGGACCAAAGACAUCGACCGUCCCUGACUGCCCAGCCCUCUCUCCCUCUCACUGAAUGGCACACUUUUCAUUUACUACAAAUAAACUGUUUGCAAUACCAA